AACACGCACAGUCACACACACAGCAUGACAGCAAUGGAGGCGCUCCCGCCCUCUCCGGAGAAAAGACCCAACCGCAAGCGCGCACCACUUGCCCGCCGUGGCGUCGGACCCGUGGUGGACUCCCCCGAACUUCCCGUCCAUCGUCGCUUCAAAAAUCCAUCGCUCCUCGCCACCGACUUUCGCUCCCCGCCGCCCCGUCCGCCCCCUCCCCCCCGACCUGUGUCGUGCUCCCGGCCCACCCAAGCUCCACUCAGGCCCAAUGCGGCCAUAAAGAUCUCUCCCACACUUCUCCUCCGCCCACCGCCGCGCCCCAGGACUGCCGCCGGGUCCUAGUUUCGUCUCCCCCGUCGCCGCCGACGCCUCGCAGCCCCGGCAAACCCCUUUCGCCGCUGACGCGCGCGCCUCCCUCCCGUUUCCGCCCCGCCGAGUCGACGCUGCUGCCCCGUCAGCAGUUCUGGAAAUUGGUUGCUGAGGUGCACAAGGGCCGUUGAAUGCAAUGGAAGGGGGUGCCAGUGUAGCUGGAAAGGCCGAGUUUAAGGAGUGCUUACGCCUGACUUGGAGCCAGCCUUAUAUUCUUCGACUUGUUUUCUCUGCUGGCAUCGGCGGUCUUCUUUUCGGAUAUGAUACAGGUGUCAUAUCUGGAGCACUUCUGUUCAUCCGAGAUGAUUUUAUUGAGUUACAAAAGAACACUACUCUAAGGGAAACAAUAGUGAGUAUGGUUGUAGCUGGAGCUAUUGUUGGAGCUGGACUUGGUGGCUGGAUGAAUGACAGAUUUGGAAGGAGGCCUUCCCUCAUUAUCGCAGAUGUUCUGUUCCUUGCAGGUGCCGCUGUCAUGGCCUUUGCCCCAUCACCUGCUGUUAUCAUUGUUGGGAGGGUCUUUGUUGGUCUUGGAGUUGGAAUGGCUUCCAUGACAGCGCCUCUGUACAUUUCCGAAGUCUCCCCAGCUAGAAUAAGAGGGGCGCUAGUGAGCACAAAUGGCCUUCUUAUCACUGGAGGGCAGUUCAUGGCAUACCUUAUUAAUCUGGCAUUCACCAAGGUGCCGGGAACUUGGAGGUGGAUGCUUGGCAUUGCAGGAUUCCCUGCCCUUCUUCAGUUCGUACUAAUGUUGACGCUCCCAGAAUCACCAAGAUGGUUAUACAGGCAGGGCAGGAAAGAGGAAACUGCCGCCAUUCUGCGGAAGAUUUACCCUGCAAAUGAGGUGGAAGAAGAGAUUGAGUCCUUGCGAAAAUUAGUUGAAGACGAGAUGGUCCUGGAGGGGUCCAUAGGCGAGCAGAGCGUAUUUGGCAAGCUGAAGAAAGCAUUUGGAAGCAAGGUUGUCCGCCGUGGCCUCAUGGCCGGUGUCAUUGUGCAGGUCGCCCAGCAGUUUGUCGGCAUCAACACCGUCAUGUACUACAGCCCGACGAUCGUUCAGCUGGCGGGUUUCGCGUCCAACGACACGGCCAUGGCCCUCUCACUCAUCACCUCAGGACUCAAUGCCAUCGGCUCGAUCGUGAGCAUGUUCUUCGUGGACAGGGUCGGCCGGAGGCGCCUGAUGCUCCUCAGUCUUGUUGGCAUUGUCGUGUGGCUCGCUGUGCUUGGCAGCACUUUCCUCAGAGCCGCGCACAAUGCCCCACCUGUCAGCGAUGUGGAGACGCGUCCGUUCGCUAACCAGACGUGCCCAGAGUACGACCCCAACGUCCACUGGAGCUGCAUGGACUGCCUCAGGGCCGCAUCCACGUGCGGGUUUUGUGCUCAUGAAGGAAACACGCUUCUUCCUGGCGCUUGCGUGGCAAUGAACAAUGAAACGCGAGGGGUGUGCCAUGCCGACCACCGUGAGUUAUACUCGGAAGGGUGCCCAAACAAGUAUGGGUGGCUGGCACUGCUCGCUCUGGCCGCAUACAUUGUCUCCUACUCGCCUGGCAUGGGCACCGUGCCAUGGAUCGUCAACUCGGAGAUAUACCCGCUGCGGUUCAGGGGACUCUGUGGCGGCAUCGCCGCGGUGGCCAACUGGGUGUCCAACCUCAUAGUGACGCAGACGUUCCUGACCCUGACCAAGGCGCUGGGCUCGGCGGCCACCUUCUUACUCUUCUGCGGUGUCUCGUUCAUGGCGCUCAUCGUGGUGUUCCUCACCGUGCCGGAGACCAAGGGCCUGCAGUUCAAGGAGGUGGAGAAGAUGCUUGGGAGCAAGAACUACAGGCCUUGGAAGCGGUACCACCCCGAGGCACCGACAAAAGGGCGCGAGAGUGGGCUCGCUAUGCUAUGAAAUCUGCAUCGACGGUAGCUGUUUGAAUUCUCUAAGUAGCAAUAGUCUUACAGCACAAGAUUAGCGUGUAGAGGCCUCCGUUGCGUUUAGUCAUUUCUAGUUACGUUACGGCAGUUUUUUUUUUUUGGUGAAUACGCAUUGUUGCGUAUCAUUUCAUUGAUAUGGGGGGGGGGGGGGGGGGGGGUAGUACAGGGUGCAACUCUAGGGAUCGUGCGCUGAAGGCGACCCGAAGAGUGCAAUAUGAGCAGAGGGGAGGGUGCUCAGCCUCGCUACAAUAAAUCUUAGGUUACAGGAACGUUGAUGCUAACUCAGUUGCUCCAGCACGUGCCCACAAGCGGGCCUCAUCUUUGAUUGUGCGAGCAAGAUCAUCAUUACAGGGCCGGGCAUUGUCGAAGACGGCAGCGUUGCGGUGCUUUCAAAUGGACCAGGCAGUGAGCGCGAUGAGCGAGUUAAUCCCCUUACGAGACGAGGCCAACGGCAGUUUUUUUUGGUUCCUUGGAAAAAGAGUAGCUACGUUACCACACUGUUGAUAUGUUAGUACAGUACUUCCUCCGUCCGGAAAUACUUGUUAUCAAAAUGGAUAAAAAGGAUGUAUCUAGAUGUACUUUAGUUUUAAAUACAUCUCGUUUUAUCCAUUUUAAUGACAAGCAUUUUCGGACCGAGGGAGUACUUGUUAGAGUUUACCCCCUGUAUCCUGCAAAAAGAAGAGUUACCUCCCUGUGUUUAGAACAGGUAAUGGAA